CAUCUCGAGGGCUGAGAAAGAUGGCUGCAAGAAGACUUAAAGGAAAAGACAGUAAAUCAGUUACCGCCAUAGCCAUUGAUAAAGAUAAAAACAGCCAACACGCUUUGAAAUGGGCUGUCGAUAACAUCAUUGUCGAUUCUUCAAACUGUAUCCUUCUCCAUGUUCAAACCAAAUUGAGAAUUGGUGCAGGAGAGAACACAGAUGAUACACAUGACAACCAGGAAGAGGCGCACCAGUUCUUCCUUCCCUUUAGAGGAUUCUGUGCUCGGAAAGGGAUUAUAGCAACUGAGGUUCUUCUUCACGAUAUUGACAUCUCGAGUGCAAUUAUUGACUACAUCACCAAUAAUUCCAUUGCAAAUAUAGUCCUUGGAGCCUCUGCGCGGAAUUCCUUCCUCAAGUCUCUAUCUUUCUCUCAUAUAACCUACUAAUGUAAUCUCAAACUUCGGUUCCAUGA